UUAUAAGUGCUUCUGAAGAAGUGAUGUGUUAAGAUGGCCUUUUGCAUAAAGGAAUCACUCAAUUCUAUUGCUGUAAUUGGAAGGCAGAUUAGAACUCUGAAUUCAACUUCUUCUUUUAAGACAAAGUUAUGGUAUAGUACUGCAGCCAAGCCUGCUCAUGAGCCACAAGAAGGGCCAGGUACUGUUACCAAGCAGAGCUACAAGUUUGUAGUAGUUGGAGGAGGAACUGGAGGGCUAGCUGCUGCAAGCUUUUUAUCUAGAAAGUUUGGACAAGGCCAUGUUGCAGUGAUUGAGCCUGCCGAGCAACAUUUCUACCAGCCAAUGUGGACAAUGGUUGGUGGAGGGAUCAAAACUAAGGAGCAGUCAAUGCGCCCCAUGGCAUCUGUCAUGCCAAAAAAAGUAGUCUGGAAGAAAGACAAAGCCGUCACCUUUGACCCGGAGAACAAUCUUGUAACUACAUCGAGUGGUGCCAACUUUGAAUAUGAGUACCUGGUUGUUGCUAUGGGUCUUCAGUUGAAUUUUCAUGCUAUGAAAGGUCUUACUGAAGCCCUGGCUGAAGAUCCAAUGGUAUGCUGUAACUACUCUUAUGACACGGUAGACAAGACUUACAAGGCAUUGCAGAACUUUAAGGGUGGUAAUGCCAUCUUUACCUUCCCAAGUACACCAGUUAAAUGUGCUGGAGCUCCACAGAAAGUCAUGUACCUCACAGAAGAUUACUUCAGGAAGAAUAGUAAACGGGAUCAAGCCGAGGUGAUGUACAUCACUCCUCAGGCCGUUAUAUUUGGUCCACCCAAGUAUGCUGAAUGUCUGAGGAAUAUUUGUGAAAAGAGAGAUAUCAAGGUUCAUUACAAACAUAAACUGGUUGAGAUCAGACAUGACAAGAGAGAAGCAGACUUUGAACUUGAGAGUGGUGAAAUCGUCACUUUCCCUUAUGCGAUGAUCCAUGUUCCUCCUCCUAUGGGACCUCCAGAUGUUCUUAAGGCUAGUCCACUGGUUGAUCAGACUGGUUUUCUAACUGUCAACAAGACUACAUGUCAACACACCAAGUAUCCCAACAUCUUUGGUCUUGGUGAUUGUACUGAUAUACCAACAUCCAAGACAGCUGCUGCUGUAGCUGCUCAGACUGGCACUUUGAAGAAAACCCUGUCAUCGGUCAUGAAUGGACACGAGCCUCAAGCAAAUUAUGAUGGUUACUCAUCCUGUCCUCUGGUUACUGGAUAUGGAAAGCUGAUCUUAGCCGAGUUUGAUUUUAACUUGGAUGCCUUAGAAACCUUCCCAUUGGAUCAGGGCAAGGAGAGACGUCUCAUGUACCACUUGAAGAAAGAUAUAAUGCCAGAACUCUACUGGAAUGGACUCAUCAAGGGACUGUGGAAUGGACCUGGUACAUACAGAAAGUUGAUGCAUCUUGGAAUGUCCAAAUAAUCUAUGUGAGCUGAUUGUAAAUGAAACAACUCAGUGAGUGCUAUUUGAUGUCGGCACAUUCCAUUUAAUGAAAAUCUGGGAGACCAGUCGUCGGUGAAAUUCUGAGUAUUCUGAAUGAGUUUUUGAAAGAGCAGUAGACCCAAGAUAAUUUAUUCUGAAUCUAAUGAUAAAUUUGUGGUCCGGAAGUCCAGUAAGAAAUAUUUGGCUGUGACUCCAGUUAGAUGAGCCUUUUGAAUCGGAAAGAAAAGACUUCAUCUAUGUGGAUAUAAAGGUCGUCAAGUCUCUUAAAAGGACUGUAAAAAUAAAAAUAUAAAAAAAAUCUUUUGAUUGUAUGUUUUAAGUAGCUUUCAGAAAGUCAACAAUACUUUGUACCUUACUGGGUUUUUUUUUAGGUGUAAUAAAAAAGCGUCUUCAUUACUCCUAAACAUUAAUCUUGUGAACAAUCUGCAUAGUAGCAUGCAUUUUGAAAUUUUAUUUCAAGUGAAUAUCUUGCAUGAUUGCUAUCUUUUAAAAAUUGACAUUAGUUGUUUAUGGAAGUUUAGUCAAACUUUUCAAUCCAGAAAUAAGGCACAGCCAGAAUUGACAAAAAUUUAUGCUUGAGAAAUUCGGUUUCAGAUAGUCCACAAUUUUUAAUCUCCUUUAAAGAAUUGAAGUUUGUGCAUUCUAUAUGUAGUGGGGGAGAUGAAAAUUUGAUAUUACAGUGUUGGAUAUGGUUUUUCUAUGCCUAAGGAGUAGAAGAAUUCAGUUUAAAAAAAAACUUAAAGGGGCUCUGGUAUCCAAGUGUGAGGAAGGUCUUGCAUAUUCACAAGAGUUUUGAAACUUUCAUCAAAUACUUCAAUGAUAUAUCUACAAUGCAUGUUGUCCAAAUCUGACACAAGUUAUCUUUUCUUUAUGAAUUGUUGAAAGCUUUGUACUUCCAACUGUGACAUUUUCUUUCUUUUCAACUUUUAGAUAUAUAUCUUUUAUCCAAAUAAAAUAUAAAUGUAAACUUGAAAAUUUACAUGUAUAUUUUACCAGAAAAUGAAAUUCUAACUUUUUUACUGCAAGAGGUAUUUUGAGGGGCAGAUCUGCUCUCCCAGUGGCUCAAGCUACCCAACUCACCCCGAGAUGUAUCAUUGAAUUUGAAACACAUGUAUACAUGGAUAUAAAUUUAAUAUUCAAAUUAUUUUAUUACAAUCGAUAGAAGUCUUUUGUAAUGGUAUCUCUCAGCAGCCCUUAAUGCUUUGGUCUUCCAAUUAUGGUCAUUGUAAUAUACUAAAUAUUUAUGAAUAUCGCUGUGUUUUGCAGUAUAUGUGCGGAUGAAUCAUAAAAAGAAAGACAACUACAGAAGACUGCCUGAAGAUAUGGCAAUAUGUGAUCAUUUCAAUCUUUAUAUUUUAGGUAUUUGGUUUCUUUCUAGUAACCCAUUCUUAUUUUGUGAAUGAAAAAAUUCAACAUCAAAAUCAGAAACAGUUUCAAAUUUUCGUAAAUAUAUUAUUCUUUGAGUGAUUAGUACACUUGUUUGAUUUGCUAGUACAUAGGAAUUGAUUGAAUCUAAGUCUUGAAAGUAUUGUAUGUGCAUGUACAAUGCAUGAAUUAGGGAUGCCCUUCAGAAGUAUUCUGGUAUGUAAGACCAUUAUGUAUAGUAUUUUGUGCAGACAUAAAAGCUGUCAUUCCCAUGCAACUGCUUGUCUCCUAAUUUGUAUUAUUACUCAGAUAUACCAUCACAUUCUUAACAUCUUUGAAUUAUGUUUACAGAGAAUAAAUACAUUACAUCAAUGUAACAAAUUAUACUGCCUUUAUCAAUUUAUGAUCUAUGCAAAUUGCUAAAACUUCCAGUUUGAAUAGCCUAAGAAAUUGUAAGAGGAUUACCAGGAGUGGAUUUUUUAUAAUCAUGCCUUAAUUAUCUAUGAAAAGAAUGAUUAUUUACAUAAUUAUGUAUGAUAGAGGCCUUGUAUGAUAUUCACAAUGCAUAGUUAUUAAAUUUGAAGUAUGUCUCAAUUGACAUAGCAUUUUGCCAACUUUGAAUUUAGCUUUCUAGUUGCCCCUUUUUCACACAUAUACACUUUUUAAUUCUAACUUGUAUUUUUACUCUUAGUAUAGAGAAAAGGAACUAGUGCUCCUUGUAUUCAAGACCUCCAAAAUGAAAGAUGUAUUGAUAAUCAGUGCUUAUAUUGUAAGAUUUUCUACAUGAAAGAAAUGAAAUUGGAGUUCUCUUGUGUGCAAAUGAUAGUUAAUAGGUGGAUCCAGGUUUUUAAAAAACAAAGCAAGAUAUGUUUUGUUUGUCAGUAUUAUUGUCAGAACCCAAAUUUUAUUUUAAUUUGGUGCUUGUGCAGAUGUGCUGGCAUGUUCAUUUUGCUAUUGCUGUAUGAAUAUAUCAAAAAUUUUCAGACAAAAUGCAGAGGUUAGAGACUUGAUCCUAUACUAAUCUUUAAAUGUUAUAUGAAAUUAUAUUUUUCAAUGAGACUUAUAUAUUGCCUUAUCAAUUAUUAGAUUAUGUCAUUUCAGUCAGUUUGAAGAGGAGUAUGAUAAUUAUGUACAGAGAUGUUAACAGUUCAUAUUAAUGUCCAAUUCUUGUGAUUAAAGAGAGUUCAGAAACUUUUUCAUCUGCCCUUAUCCCCAAUUCCUUCUUCCAGCUGCUUAAAACAAAGAAUGCCCUGAAUUGGAAAAGGUCUUUCUCUAUACAAACACUGUGAAACCAUGCUAUUCUUGUCAGCAAUUUAUAAUAGACCAGUUCAUAGUUACUUCAUUUACAAUUUUGGUCAAAUGACCUUUCAUUUCUUUCAUUAUGAUAGGCAGAUUUCAAAGCAAGAUAUUACGUAAGCUUGCCUUUCAUAGCAGGAUGAAGAAAUUGAAUAGACCAAGUGACUAGAAUAGCACACCAAUAAACACUAUAUGUAGGUAUUUGUUGCAUUCCUACUUUGAAUGCAUAUCAUAGCAUGUUGCACAAUGUACUUGGCAAACUGUGAAAUACCAGUCUUUCGUGGACGCAUUGUUGUUUUUUGUGGAUGUAAAUGAAAACCACAAUUCAAAAGAAUAUAUGAAUAAUCAAGACAUCAAAGUUGGUGCUUAUCUCAUUAGAUUUUAAACCACCAUGUCACUUUAGUACAAAUGACCUUCCUCUGAUCAUGCGUAGAAUCUUUUGAUCAUGCGCAGAAAGGAACUACGAACUGGCUUAUAUGAGAUCAUCAAGAAGUGCUGAAGUGCUUCUUUAGUGCACAUCAGUCUUAUAGCAGCUGGAAACUUUACGAAUAACAGAUUUUAUUUUUUCACUGGAAGACUUCUUAGUGGCUGCAAAGCAAUGUGUGCUUGUGCAAAAUAGAAAUGAACUUUAGUUGUGCUAAAUAUUUAUUACUUUUCUAAUCUAGCUGUUUUAAAAGUGGCAAUCAAGAUACCCUACAAGAUUACAAUCAAUGGGAAAAAGCUAUGAAUCAAACAAGAAAUAAGGAUUUGGAGCGAUCAAUAAUAUAAUAAACAAAAACAAAGAAAUAGAUUGGUAUGUAAUCCAUUUUAAGUACACUUGUACAGAGCUUGUUUUCAAGGACAACUGUAAACAAAAUGAAAUACACUUAGUGGUAAAAUAGUAACAUAUAAAGUAAUUUCUGUUAAAGUUUACUUUGUACAUAUAUAAUAUGAUUAUUGUAUGAAGAACUCUCAUGAUAUUUGCAAUUAUGAAUAUAGCAAUGAUAAUAUUCUCAGAGCUUUUUAGGUUAGUUUUUCUUUCAGAUAUUAUAAUCAGAAUGACUGCAGGGUAAUUCUAAUUAAAAGAAAAAUAUGUACUAUGAAAUACUAUUUUUAUAAUUGAUGAUAGAUAUAUCUUGUAUUAAAUCAAAUUGUUAUUUCUAUUGUGAUGAAACUGAAAUAUUAUUCAAGGGUGAUUUUGUGUAUAACAGCAAUGUAAAUGUUUUGUAAGAAUAAUGUUUCUGUAAAAAUACAAGGUGAUCAUCCUAUGAUAUUGGGUGAAGGAAUAUGAUAAAUGAUUAGUUAUACAUGA